GUCCAACAUCAUAGAAAUCCUGUACGUGAAAGACUUGGCUCUGGUGGAUCCGGACGACUGCACCCCCAUGACGACCAUCACCAAGUUCUACAAUCACCCGCUGCACUACGUCUUCAACGACACUAAACUGGACGCCAUGCUGGAGGAGUUCAAGAAAGGUAACUCUCACAUGGCCAUCGUCCAGAGGGUGAACAACGAGGGGGAGGGGGAUCCGUUCUACGAGGUGCUGGGAUUGGUCACUUUAGAGGACGUCAUCGAGGAGAUCAUCAAAUCAGAGAUCCUGGAUGAAUCUGACGGCUACUUGGACAGGAAAGUAAAGCGUCCCCUCCCCCCGCUGGAGAUUCCUCUGGAGCCUCGCAGCGUCCACGAGGAGUUUUCUCUCUUCAAGCCUCCUGAAGGAGAACCCAAAAUCCGCACCUCACCUCAGCUCCUGCUGGCCACACACCGCUUCCUGUCCAGAGAGGUGUCGCACUUCAGCCCGGGACGCGUGUCUGAGAAGAUCUUGUUCCACCUGCUCCGUCACCCCAGCGUCAACCAGGAAGUGCACUUCGACCCAAACAACCGGCUGAGCCCGGGUCACUAUCUCUACACACGUAACCACCCGGUGGACUACUUCAUCCUGCUGCUGCAG